AUGGCGAUAUUAGAUAUGAUGGACUACUCACAAAAGGAAAUGAUCAAAAUGUUUAAAAAUGAUUUGAUCUACAACCCAGAAUUAGAUACCCAUUUCCCACAUUUAACAGUUGAUGAAACGUUAACAUUUGCAAUUGGUUGUAAGACUCCAAAUAUUAGAAUUAAUGGUAUUUCAAGAGAUCAGUUUAUUAAAGCAAAGAAGGAAAUAUUAGCUACUGUAUUUGGUUUACGUCAUACUUAUAAUACCAAAGUUGGUAAUGAUUAUGUGAGAGGUGUUUCUGGUGGUGAAAGAAAAAGAGUUUCCAUCGCUGAGGCUUUAGCAUGUCAAGCUUCUAUUUAUUGUUGGGAUAAUGCAACCAGAGGUUUAGAUGCUUCAACUGCUUUAGAAUUUGCUCAAGCUAUAAGAACAUCAACUAAAUUAUUAGGUACCACUGCUUUUAUUACAAUCUACCAAGCAGGUGAGAAUAUUUAUGAAAAGUUUGAUAAAGUUACUGUUCUUUAUGAAGGUCAUCAAAUCUAUUAUGGACCUGCUAAUAGAGCUAAAAAAUAUUUUGAAAAUAUGGGAUGGGAAUGUCCACCAAGACAAUCUACUGCUGAGUUUUUGACUGCUUUAACUGACCCAAUUGGUAGAUUUCCAAAGAAAGGCUGGGAAUAUAAAGUACCAAGAACUGCUGAGGAAUUCGAAGACCGUUGGUUGAACUCCAAUGAAUAUAAAGAACUCAUACAAGAGAUUGAUAUUUACAAUAAUCAACUUAAUCAUGAUGAAAUUAGAAAUCAAUAUUAUGAAUCUGUCAAACAAGAGAAAAUGAAAGGAGCUAGAAAUUCAUCACCGUUUACUGUUUCAUAUUUACAACAAUUGAAAUUGUGUCUUAUUAGAAGUUAUCAAAGAAUCAAAGGUGAUAAAGCAUACACUAUUACACUUGUUACCGCUGCCAUAGCACAAGCAUUUGUUGCUGGUUCAUUAUAUUACAACACACCAGAAGACGUAUCUGGUGCAUUUUCAAGAGGUGGUGUUAUUUUCUUUGCUGUAUUAUACAUGUCAUUGAUGGGGUUGGCUGAAAUUUCAGCUUCUUUCAGUAAUAGACAAAUAUUAAUGAAACAAAAGAACUAUUCUAUGUAUCAUCCCUCAGCAGAUGCACUUUCACAAUUUAUCAUGUCAAUUCCAAUAAGUUUAAUUGUUAAUGUCUUUUUUGUUAUCAUUUUAUAUUUCUUAUCGAAUUUGGCACGUGAUGCUGGCAAAUUUUUCAUUUGUUAUCUAUUUGUGGUAUUAUUACAUUUAACAAUGGGAAGUAUGUUUCAAGCCAUUGCUGCAAUUCAUAAAACUAUUGCUGGUGCUAAUGCUCUUGGUGGAAUUUUUAUGUUGGCUUCAUUAAUGUAUUCAUCAUAUAUGAUUCAACGUCCUUCAAUGCAUGGAUAUUCAAGAUGGAUUUCAUAUAUUAAUCCAGUGUUAUAUGCAUUUGAAGCAAUUAUUGCCAGUGAAUUUCAUGGCAGGAAAAUGGAAUGCACUUCACAAUAUUUAACUCCUUCAGGUCCAGGUUAUGAGAAUGUUGGCACUGGUGAACAAGUUUGUGCAUUUACUGGUUCUAUACCUGGUCAAAAUUGGGUUUCUGGUGAUAAAUAUUUAACUGUUUCUUAUACUUAUAGAUUCAGUCAUGUUUGGAGAAAUUUAGGUAUAUUGAUUGGAUUUUUGGCAUUCUUUUUAACCAUUAAUGCUUUGGGUACGGAAUAUAUUAAACCUAUCACUGGUGGUGGUGAUAAAUUAUUAUUCUUGAAAGGUAAAGUUCCAGAUCAUGUUACAUUACCAUCAGAGAAGCAAGAUGGAGAUAUCGAGUCAUCACCUGGUCAAACAACAAGCAGUUCUCAAUUAGAAAAAUCACCAUCCAAGACAAACAAAAACACAGCAUUGGCUACUAAUGAUAUUUAUGUUUGGAAAAAAGUUGAUUAUAUUAUUCCAUAUCAAGGUAAACAACGUCAAUUGUUGAACGAUGUUAGUGGGUUUUGUAUCCCUGGUACAUUGACUGCUUUAAUGGGAGAAUCUGGUGCUGGUAAAACUACAUUAUUGAAUGUGUUGGCUCAACGUAUUGAUUUUGGAACCAUCACUGGAGAUAUGUUAGUUAAUGGUAAACCAUUAGAUUCUUCGUUUAGUCGUCGUACUGGUUAUGUUCAACAACAAGAUAUCCAUGCUGAAGAGCUCACUGUUCGUGAAUCUUUACAGUUUGCUGCUAGAUUAAGAAGAUCCAAUGAUGUUAGUGAUGAAGAAAAACUAGACUAUGUUGAAAAGAUCAUUGAUGUGUUGGAUAUGAAAGGUUAUGCGGAUGCGAUUGUUGGUAAAUUAGGUAAUGGAUUGAAUGUUGAACAACGUAAGAAGUUGUCAAUUGGUGUUGAACUAGUUGCCAAACCUUCCUUGUUGUUAUUUUUGGAUGAACCUACAUCUGGGUUAGAUUCACAAAGUGCAUGGUCUAUCAUAAAGAUAUUACGUUCAUUAGCCAAUUCUGGUCAAGCUAUUUUAUGUACCAUUCAUCAACCGUCAGCAACAUUAUUUGAAGAAUUUGAUAGAUUGUUGUUAUUAAGAAAAGGUGGUAUUGUUACAUAUUUUGGUGAUAUUGGACCAAGAUCAAGUGUUAUUUUAGAUUAUUUUGAAAGAAAUGGUGCACGUCAUUGUGAAGACAAUGAAAAUCCAGCGGAAUAUAUUCUUGAAGCUAUUGGAGCUGGUGCAACAGCAUCAAGUACUUUUGACUGGGGAGAUAUUUGGGCUAAUUCACCGGAGAAAAUUCAAUCUGACAAUAAAAGAGAUGAACUUAUUCAAGAAUCAAGUAAGAAGAGCAAUUCUGGAUCAACUGAAGAUAAGAAAUUACAACAGAAAUAUGCCACUCCUUAUUUAUAUCAAUUUAGAUAUACACUUCAAAGAAGUACCACCACACUUUGGAGACUUCCUGAAUAUGCCAUGUCUAAAAUUGGGAUGAUGACUAGUGGUGGGUUAUUCAUUGGUUUGGUUACUUUUUAUAAUCUUAAAGAAACUUACACGGGAAGUCAAAAUGGAUUGUUUUGUGGAUUUCUUACUGUUGUUGUUGCUGCACCAAUUGCAAAUAUGUUAAUGGAAAGAUUCAGUUAUCUGAGAGCUACAUUUGAAGCAGGGAACUGCUGUCUAUACUUAUCAUUGGUCUUUACUUAUAUAUGUGACAUCUACAGAAAAUACUUAUCUAUUUUAUCGGUGGAGUAUUCUAUUUGUAUGUGUCUAUUUCCCGGCUACUCGAGAAGCAGGUUCACAAGCUGGUAUGUUUUAUUUUACCCAAGGAAUAUUCUUGCAAUUAUUCACUGUUUCAUUUAG